GAGCACUCUCCGGAAGCUGCCGCUGGCUGCCCUGUUAACGUGUCCUGCGAGUGAGGCGCGUCGCAAAAGGUCGCAGCGGAACUUCCCUGCGCUUUUCAGACCGUACGCUUUACGGUACUAGGCAUUGCUGAGCUGGGAGAUGUCGGCAGCGGGUUGGGAGGAACCGUGGGGUCCUCCCGGCGGCUUUGCGAAGCGGGUCCUGGUGACCGGCGGUGCUGGUUUCAUGUAGGUAAUGGCCAAGCAGUGGCUCCCCAGAAACCCCAACCUUUUCCCGCAGCUCUGCUUGCCCUAGUGCAUCACAUAUGAUUGUCUCUUUAGUGGAAGAUUAUCCAAACUAUAUGAUCAUAAAUCUAGACAAGUUGGAUUACUGUGCAAGCUUGAAGAAUCUUGAAACCAUUUCUAACAAACAGAACUACAAAUUUAUACAGGGUGACAUAUGUGAUUCUCACUUUGUGAAACUGCUUUUUGAAACAGAAAAAAUAGAUAUAGUACUACAUUUUGCCGCGCAAACACAUGUAGAUCUUUCAUUCGUACGUGCCUUUGAGUUUACCUAUGUUAAUGUUUAUGGUACUCACGUUUUGGUAAGUGCUGCUCAUGAAGCCAGAGUGGAGAAGUUUAUUUACGUCAGCACAGAUGAAGUAUAUGGUGGCAGUCUUGAUAAGGAAUUCGAUGAAUCUUCACCCAAACAACCUACAAAUCCUUAUGCAUCAUCUAAAGCAGCUGCUGAAUGUUUUGUACAGUCUUACUGGGAACGAUAUAAGUUUCCAGUUGUUAUCACAAGAAGCAGUAAUGUUUAUGGACCACAUCAAUAUCCAGAAAAGGUUAUUCCAAAAUUUAUAUCUUUGCUACAGCACAACAGGAAAUGUUGCAUUCAUGGGUCAGGGCUUCAAACAAGAAACUUCCUUUAUGCUACUGAUGUUGUAGAAGCAUUUCUCACUGUCCUCAAAAAAGGGAAACCAGGUGAAAUUUAUAACAUCGGAACCAAUUUUGAAAUGUCAGUUGUCCAGCUUGCCAAAGAACUAAUACAACUGAUCAAAGAGACCAAUUCAGAGUCCGAAAUGGAAAACUGGGUUGAUUAUGUUAAUGAUAGACCUACCAAUGACAUGAGAUAUCCAAUGAAGUCAGAAAAAAUACAUGGCUUGGGAUGGAGACCUAAAGUGCCUUGGAAAGAAGGAAUAAAGAAAACAAUUGAAUGGUACAGAGAGAAUUUUCACAACUGGAAGAAUGCAGAAAAGGCAUUAGAACCCUUUCCGGUAUAAUCACCAUUUAUAUAGUCAAGACAGUUGUCAAAGAAAAAAAUUAUCCUACCUCUACAAGUGGUAUGAAAUUAAGUGACCAAAUGAAGUGCUCUCUUUUCAUUUGAAAUUAGAUUCAUGACUUUUUGUAUAAUAUUCAAAUGCAGAAUGCCUCAAUCUUUGGGAGAGUUUCAGUACUGGCAUAGAAUUUAAAUGUCAAAAUUCUUUCUGAAACCCUUUCUCCUGGAAACUAGGAAAUAAUAGGGGUAGAAGACUCCCCACGGGUAGCCAGGAAGAAGUCUCCUGGUUCUGACAACCAUGAGGGGUAAUGGUGCUAGGCGGAUGGCAACCUUCACUGAUUUUGAGCUCAGUCAGCUUCCCAGCCUUUCCCAGUGUCUAAGAAAGUCUCUGAAAUGUUCGUUUUUAGGCAAUAUAGGAUGAGUCUUAUGUCCUAAUUCACCUUUUCUUUUUUUAAGAUCUGAUAUACUAUCAUUGCCUUAGUAAUGGAACAAAAUAAAAGCAUAUCUAGCACUUUUUAACUUUUGAUAAUUUUGUAAAAUUGAUUACUUUGAAUGCUUUUUAAGAGAAGAUGUAAAGUUUUUAUAUUUUCACAAUUAACCUAUGUAAAACCUUGUAUCAGAAAUUUAUCAUGUAUUUACUGUUUAAAAUGAUUUUAUUUAUAAAAUUGUCAAUAUCUUAAUGUAUUUAAUGUAGAAUAUUGCAUUUUAAAAUAAUGUGUUUUUAUUUUGCUGUAGAAAAAUUAAAAAAAAAUUUGAUUAU